CCCCGUCAUUGGCGCUGGAUUUAUGACUGACAGCGUUGCUACGCCCGUAGCUAAUUUAAAAGCCGUUAUCGGGGCGUUCUUCUGCUUUCACCUUGCAUUGAAUGGUAAACGGGUUAGGUGUCUAGAGGGUUUAGAGUGAACUGUUGCUGGCUGUUAUAUUGACCGAAGUCCACUAAAGAGAGAGUCCUCCUUGAAUGACUGAAACUCGUAGUGCGUGGCUACUGCCUGGCUAGCUAACGAAGAGGAGGGUGGGGAUAAAAACUUCGAAGACCUCGCCCAGUCGUCGUUUCCUUUCAGCAGGCAGCUAACGUCUUGACGGUGUGAGAGACCCACCAAUUUAGAUAAUUAUUCAAGGGGAGACCGGCACACUUGUGUCAAUUAAGGGUAAAAAUCAGUGGCCAUGUUCAGAAAAACCUUGAAAAAGGACCCCGAGCUGUUUCAGAAUGUGUCGGAGGGGCUGCGGCGGCUUUACCGGAAUAAACUGUUCCCUCUGGAGGACACGUACCGAUUCCACGACUUCCACUCUCCUGCACUCGAAGAUGCCGACUUCGAUAACAAGCCCAUGGUACUCCUGGUGGGUCAGUACUCUACCGGCAAGACAACCUUCAUCCGACACUUGAUGGAGCAGGACUUCCCCGGUAUGCGCAUUGGACCCGAGCCGACCACAGACUCUUUCAUCGCGGUGAUGCACGGCGAACAGGAGGGGGUGAUACCGGGUAAUGCCCUGGUUGUCGACCCCAAAAAGCCCUUCCGCAAACUCAACGCCUUUGGAAACGCGUUUCUCAACAGGUUCAUGUGUGCUCAGAUGCCUAACCCUGUCCUGGAGAGCAUCAGUAUCAUCGAUACUCCGGGAAUCCUGUCUGGUGAAAAACAGAGAAUAAGCAGAGGCUAUGACUUUGCUGCUGUGCUUGAGUGGUUUGCUGAGCGUGUGGACCGCAUCAUCCUCCUGUUUGACGCCCACAAGCUGGACAUUUCUGAUGAGUUCUCUGAGGUGAUCCGUGCCCUCAAGAACCAUGAAGACAAAAUGCGUGUGGUGCUGAACAAGGCCGAUCAGAUCAGCACUCAGCAGCUGAUGAGGGUCUACGGAGCACUAAUGUGGUCUUUGGGAAAAAUCAUCAACACACCCGAGGUUGUGCGCGUGUACAUUGGGUCGUUCUGGGCUCAGCCCCUGUUGGUGCCCGACAACAGGAAGUUGUUUGAGGCGGAAGAACAGGACCUGUUCGUAGACAUCCAGUCUUUGCCACGUAAUGCAGCUCUGCGCAAACUCAAUGACCUCAUCAAACGGGCACGGCUCGCCAAGGUGCAUGCCUACAUUAUCAGCUCUCUGAAAAAGGAGAUGCCCAGUGUGUUUGGAAAGGACACUAAGAAAAAGGAGCUGAUCGGCAACCUUGGUGAGAUCUACCACAAAAUAGAGAAGGAGCACCAGAUCUCACCUGGAGACUUUCCCAACCUUGCAAAGAUGCAGGAGCUGCUAAAUGGCCAUGACUUCACAAAAUUUGCAGCGCUGAAACCCAAACUACUAGAGGCAGUAGAGGACAUGCUUGCCAAUGACAUAGCUCGUCUCAUGGCCAUGGUGCGCCAGGAGGAGGCCUCUAUGCCCAGCCAGUCCGUCAAGGGUGGAGCCUUCGAGGGAACGAUGAGUGGUCCCUUCUGCCAUGGCUACGGAGAGGGCGCUAGCGAAGGCAUUGACGAGCUGGAAUGGGUGGUGGGUCGUGACAAACCCACUUAUGAUGAGAUCUUCUACACCCUCUCCCCCAUCAAUGGCAAAGUUUCCGGUGCUGCAGCCAAGAAGGAGAUGCUUAAGUCCAAGCUGCCCAACACAGUCCUUGGAAAGAUCUGGAAGCUGGCAGAUGUGGAUAAAGAUGGCCUGCUUGAUGAUGAGGAGUUCGCCCUGGCCAACCACCUGAUCAAGGUGAAGCUGGAAGGCCAUGAGCUGCCACCAGCGCUGCCUGAGCACCUGGUACCUCCAUCCAAGCGUGGGACUGUGGUGCAGGACUAAAAGACCAGAGAGAAGGAGGGGAAACAACCACGUCAACACUCAUGUUAAAGACUCAAAAAAGUCCAGUCACAAGCAUGAACAGCAUCAUCCCCAUCAAGCUGUGAGUCCUUACGCUUCCUGACACUCUGUGAGGAGGCAAUGCUGUGAUCUUUUUCACCAGAGAGAGACUGGAGGGUUUCUGGGGUGGGUGGGAGGGCAAGUCCAUCUUUGUGCAUUAGGGGAUAAUAUUCAGGUAUCUAAGUGGAAAGAAAAGAGGAGAUGGUGUUGAAAGGACAAAAUCUGGAUCAAGCAACAAAUCUGGAGGUUGCAUGAUGGGGCCUAACAUGGAUUUAUGCAUCCUGUGUAAAGAUAUCUUAUAAGUAUACAGUCAAUAUAUAAUAUGUUGAUCCAAAGAAAUAUAGUUUUUUUCCAUUUGGAGAGAGGGGAAAAAGGAAAUUAAUUAAAAUAGUUGUUAGAAUUGCUUUGACUAUAUUUUUGUAUUUCCUGACUUAACUUUGACUCUUUCCAAAUGCUUCCCAUUUUAUUAUUUUGCCAGAUGAAUAAAAUUGAGUACUGCAUUGUG